UGCACAGUGACUUGUCAAAUUUAUCAAACUCAUCCAUUGCUUUUGUGAGAUAAUUUUGCAGUAUUUCAGCAUAUUUCAGUUUAAAGUAUAAGAAAGUAAAACAUUACCCUUAAAAAUGACUGUAAAAAGUAAAACCGAAGAACCUAAAAAGGAGAAAGUCGAGCCGGUACCGGCUCCGAACGAUGAUUUGUCCGAAGAAGACAAAAGACUUCAGGAAGAACUGAAUAUGCUUGUUGAGAAGCUCCUGAGCAACGAUACUGAUCUAUAUUUCCCUGCAUUACAAAUGUUAAGCAAUUUGAUAAGAACAUCUACAACGUCUAUGACUUCAGUACCUAAACCGCUUAAAUUUCUAAGAGAGCACUAUCCAGCUCUUAAAGAAGUUUAUGAAAAAAUAAAAGAGGAAAAAACUAAGAAAUUUUGCGCUGAUGUUGUGUCGGUCCUCGCAAUGGGAGUUAGUGGCUCAGUAGAUGCUGCAGAAAAAAGGGAAUGUCUUAAAUACUGUCUUUUGGGCACAAUGUCUAAUGUUGGAGAAUGGGGACAUGAAUAUGUGAGGCAGUUGGAGGGUGAAAUUUCUGAAGAAUGGAAUAUAGAAAACAUGGAAACAUUAUUACCAUUAGUGCGUGAUGUUAUCACCUUUGAUAUGCAACACUCCGCUGAGAUCCAGGCAUGUGAUUUGUUAAUGGAAAUUGACAGACUUGAUUUACUUACACAGCAUAUGGAUCAAAGCAACUAUCCACGCGUCUGUCUAUAUUUAAUUGGGUGUGCAAGUUAUGUUGUGGAACCGGAAUCAACACAAAUUCUACAAGGGGUGCUGGAUACAUACUUGCGUUUUGGAGAGUACCCACGUGCCUUGCUUGUGGCCAUGCAGCUACAUGAUAAAACAAAAUGUGAAGAAGUCUUCAAUGCCUGCACUGACCCGUUGGUAAAGAAACAGUUGUGUUACAUGUUGGCGAGGCAGUAUGUGCCAAUUGAUGUGGAUGAUGAAGAUUUGCGUACAAUUCUCCUCAACGCACAUAUUAAUGACCAUUAUCUUAGCUUGGCGAGAGAGCUUGAUAUAAUGGAACCUAAAACUCCAGAAGAAGUGUACAAGACAUGGUUGGAGUCAGCCGGCUCAGCUCUGCGGCCGUCUCUGCUAGCUGAACACCCUGUGGAUUCGGCAAGACAGAAUCUCUCUGCAACAUUCGUCAAUGCAUUUGUAAAUGCCGGUUUUGGUCGCGACAAACUUGUCACCACUGAAGAUGGCAACAAGUGGAUGUAUAAGAAUAAGGAUCAUGGCAUGUUAUCUGCAGCUGCAUCUCUCGGUAUGAUUCACUUGUGGGAUGUUGACGGUGGCCUCACUCCUAUCGACAAGUAUCUGUACACCGCAGAUGAACAUAUCAAAGCGGGUGCAUUACUUGCACUGGGUCUAGUGAACUGUGGUGUGCGUAAUGAAUGCGACCCCGCCCUCGCUCUACUGUCCGACUAUGUUCUUCAUUCAAGUUCUAAUCUAAGGAUUGGCAGUGUUUUGGGUCUGGGCAUAGCGUACGCGGGUACUCAACGUGACGACGUGCUGCAACACUUGCUACCAGUGCUGAGCGAUGCUGCCGCGCCCGCUGAGAUCUGUGCACUGGCCGCUAUCGCCUGCGGACUUAUCGCUGUAGGCUCCUGCAACGGUGAUGUAACAUGUGCAAUCAUACAACGUUUGAUUGACGAUAACAAGGAACUUCACUCUUCCACCUACGCUAGAUUCUUGCACUUGGGUCUUGGAUUAUGUUUCUUAGGAUGCAAGGAGCGCACGGAGGCGACAAUGGCCGCGCUGGAGGUUCUGCCGGAGCCGCAACAGUCGCUCUGCCAGACCACGCUGUCUAUGUGCGCGUACGCCGGCACCGGAGACGUGCUCGUCGUGCAACAGAUGCUGCACAUCUGCUCCAAGCAUUACGACACAGAGAAUGAGCAAUCGUCUACUGAAGACACGGCCUUCAAAAAGCAAGAUAAGAAAGAGGCUAAGGAGAGUAGCCCUGCUGGCAGUUCAAAGGAUGAUAAGAACAAAAGCAAGUCAAAGGACAGCAAGAGUAAAGAGAAGGAAAAGGAGAAGGAGGCGAAUAAGGAGCUGUCAUCGGUGCAGGCUGUCGCCACGCUAGGUGUCGCUGUCAUCGCGCUCGCAGAGGAGACCGGCGCUGAGAUGUGCACACGCAUCUUUGGACAACUGGGUCGUUACGGUGAACCGGCAGUACGUCGCGCGGUGCCGCUAGCGAUAGCGCUGUGCUCGGUGUCCAACCCGCAGCUGGCAGUCAUAGAUGUGCUCAACAAGUACUCGCACGACUCCGACAACGAUGUCGCAUACAACGCUAUAUUCGCUAUGGGACUCGUUGGCGCCGGUACAAACAAUGCCAGACUGGCGACGAUGCUGCGCGCGCUGGCGCUAUACCACGGCAAGUCCCCUGUGCACUUGUUCAUGGUACGCCUGGCGCAGGGACUGUGCCACGCAGGCAAGGGCACGGUCACUUUGUGCCCCGCUCACGCCGACCGCCGUCUGCUCAACCAGCCCGCGCUCGCUGGACUGCUUGUUGUUCUCACUGCUUUCCUUGAUUGCAAGAAUAUAAUCUUGGGCAAGUCGCACUACUUGCUAUAUGUAUUGGCGACGGCCAUGCAACCCCGCUGGCUGGUCACCCUCGACGAGAACCUGCAGCCCCUCAACGUCAGUGUUCGUGUUGGUCAGGCGGUUGAUGUGAUUGGUAAAGCGGGUACACCUAAAACUAUCGCUGGUUCUCACACACACACUACACCGGUGCUGCUAUCGUUCGGCGAGCGCGCGGAACUCGCUACAGAUGAGUACCUGCCCCUGUCACCUGUCAUGGAGGGCUUUGUCAUCCUCAAGAAAAAUGAAGACAGCAUCAUGGCAUCCGUGCAGUAGAUGUAACACUGCAGUAUACAUAAAUGAUUAAGAAUUUUUAAAUAAAUUUAAUGUAACUUA